AUGCUCUACACGAAGGCUGGGAAUGACAACUACGUGGUUUUCGAUCGCAACGACAAGGUUGGUGGAUACUGCUGGAUCACCGCAGCAAACACGCACUCGAAAUUGCAAACUGAAUUUGGGUCCUUUCACAUCUGGUGGGGCCAGGACCUUGUGACCGAGAAGUGUCCUUACCCCAAGGGCUGGGAGAUCUGGCCCAAAAAGAAGGAGGUCUUGGCCCACUUCCAGCAUGCGGCCGAAGCUUACGGAGUUCUCCCGAAUUUCCGGUUCAAGACCAAUGUUGCCAAAAUGGACAUCAUCGGCGAGAAGGAGGACCACGAUCGGUACUACAGACUGACGGUAGCACCCGUCGAUGGUGGAGACUCCGCGGAGGUGAGCGUCUCAAGCCUCUUCAACUACCCCGGCUGCAUGACCAGGAAUCGAAUUAUCGAUUACCCUGGUGAAGACGAGUUCGGUGGCCACGUUGCAUACGGCAUGAACGACGACUGUCCGUACGAAGAGCUGAAAGGCAACAACGUAGCCAUCUUGGGCAACGGCGCCUUUGCAGUGGAAAAUGCAGCAAGCUUAGCCGAUGGUCUUGCGACGCAACAGGCCGGCAGGAGCCCGCCUGAAACCUUCCACUUCCCCGAAGUCUGUAAGCUCUCGGUCGUGGUGGAGAGCGGCCGCCGUGCCGGGAUGGAGUUGAAGGUUGAAGCUGUGGAGGGCUUCAGCCUUCCGAACAAUUGUUUCAUUGGCGUUCGGGUCGGCGACGUUCUGAAGCAGGGAAGGUACGAACCUCAUCGCUGCUAUCACUUUCCACAACUCGAGCGCCGGCGAAAUGCCAAAGUGGACAUCUACCAGCAUGUGGGCACAUGCAUCGUUGCCGUUGACCCGGACACAAAGUCCAGCCACGAAGUUGCUGUCACAAGCAUGGAUCCCUCGUUGCCCGGCUCUCGAAUCCGCGUCAAUGUCGAG